AUGGGUUGCUCAAGAUCAUUGAUUUUGUUCAUUAAUCUUGCUAUUACCUCAAACCUUGUUGCUCUCAUCAUAGCCCAAGAUGAUGAUGCCUCAUGCACAGAAAGAGCUGACUACUGCUGGAAAUGCACUGAUGGUGCCACCUACACACCAGGUGACAUGUACCAAGUGAACCUCAAGAGCCUCCUCUCCUCCUUCUCCUCCAACACCCAAAACAAUUAUGGCUUUUACAAUUCAUCAAUGGGAAAACACCCCAACAAUGUCAAUGGAAUUGCAUUAUGCAGAGGAGACCUCUCACAGGACCUUUGUCAGGCUUGUCUCAACACGUCUAUUGGUAGGGUCCUGCAAACUUGUUCAACUCAGAAGGAAGCAAUCUUUUGGGCAGAGCGUUGUAUGGUGAGAUACUCAUACAACUUGAUAUAUGGUAUUGAGAAACAGUACCCUGUUAAGUAUGUGCCUGGAGCAGAGUUUCUCGAUAAUCCUCAACCGUUUCAGCCGGUGCUUGACUACUUGUUGCAUAAUUUAAGUGACAGAGCUGCAUCAUCUCUUAAAAAAUUUGCAGCAGGGCAUGCAACUGUCCCAGGAGCUGAAACUAUAUAUGCACUUGUUCAGUGCACUCCAGACAUAGACAAGAAAAAUUGCAGCAAUUGCCUUAAAGAGUCCAUCUUAGAGAUUGAGAGAUGUUGCGGUGGAAAAAAAGGAGGAAGAGUUCUUAAACCCAGCUGUAGUUUCAGGUAUGAGAUUAAUUCUUUCUUUUUGCCUACAGCCAAUUCAUUAGUAGAUAUUCCAGCUUCAGAUCCAGCACCAGCACCCAAAGAAGAAAAGAAGAAGAGUAACAUAAAACAAAUUGUCAUCACCAUCGUUGUGGUUUUGGUUGCUUUUGUCACUAUUCUCAGCAGCAUAUGCAUUUUCUUAAGACUAACGAAACGAAGGGUAAAACUUGAUGAAGAUGAGAAUUCGAAAGAAAUAAAUUUGGUGGAAUCGUUGCAAUAUGAUUUUGAAACUAUAAGAUCUGCAACAGAUGACUUCUCUGAUGCAAAUAAGCUUGGACGAGGUGGAUUUGGAGCUGUUUACAAGGGUAGACUAUUAAAUGGGCAACCUAUAGCCGUGAAAAGGCUCUCCAAAUAUUCUGAACAAGGUGAUCGUGAAUUUAAGAAUGAGGUCAUGUUGCUUGCUCUGCUUCAACACCGGAAUUUAGUAAGGCUCCUAGGAUUUUGCUUGAAAACAGACGAAAGGCUUCUCAUUUACGAAUACGUGCCUAACACAAGUCUUGAUCACUUCAUUUUUGACACAAACAAUCAUGAGCAUUUGGAUUGGGAAACACGUUACAAGAUCAUAGGAGGCAUUGCACGAGGGAUUCUUUACCUUCAUGAAGAUUCUCGGGUUCGAAUUAUUCAUCGCGAUCUCAAAACCAGCAAUAUUUUGUUAGAUGAAGAUAUGAACCCCAAAAUUGCUGAUUUCGGAAUGGCAAGACUGUUUGCUAUUGAUCAAACUCAAGGAGAUACAAGGACAGUUAGGGGAACCUAUGGAUAUAUGGCUCCCGAGUAUGUAAUUCAUGGUCGCAUUUCUGUCAAAAUGGAUGUCUUCAGUUUUGGGGUGUUAGUUCUUGAAAUUGUAAGCGGUAAAAAGAUUGGUAGUUUCCGAUAUGGCGAAAAUGAAGUGGACCUGUUAACUUAUGCCUGGAGAAAUUGGAGGGAGGAUACAAUUGAAAACAUCAUAGAUCCCGUGUUGACAGCAAGUUCACGAAUCGAAACGAUGAGAUGCAUCCACAUUGGUUUACUGUGUGUGCAAGAAAAUGUGGUAGACAGGCCAACGGUGGCUUCAGUUGUAUCCAUGCUUAACAGCCAGUCUCUCGCACUUUCAGUACCGUCGCAACCUGCAUUCUAUAUUCAUUACAAGACUGGAUCAGACAUAUCGACAUUAACCGAGUCAGACCAAUCCAAAAGCCUCUCGAGUAGAUUAAAGUUUUCAGAUUCCUAUUGCUUUCAAUUCGAGAUACGAAAUGAGAGGAACUCAAACAGGAGCGCCGUGAUCAUUGUUAUGCCAACUGUUGGUCUUGUGAUAAUUGUUAUCAUAAUUGGUGUCAUUUUGAGAAUGAGGAAGCCAAAGAAACAUGUUGAAAGUAGAAGCGCAGAAUCCUUACAAUUCGACUUUGGCACAAUUCGAGCUGCGACAGAUAACUUUUCUGACUCAAAUAAGCUCGGGCAAGAUGGAUUUGGUGCAGUUUACCAGGCCUGCCAAUGGGCAAGAAAAAUAGCGGUGAAAAGGUUAUCUAGAGAUUCUAGACAAGGAGAUCAAGAAUUUAAGAAUGAGGUGUUAUUAGUGACUAAGCUUCAACACCAAAAUUUAGUUAGGCUUCUAGGUUUCUGUUUAGAAGGAAAUGAAAGGCUUCUUGUGUAUGAGUUUGUUCCUAAUGCAAGUCUUGAUCAGUUCAUUUUUGAUUUUGGAAUGGCAAGGUUGUUUGUAGUUGACCAAAAUCAAGGUGAUACAAGUAGAAUCGUUGGGACUUAUGGAUGUAUGGCUCCUGAGUAUGUAUAUCAUGGAAAGUUCUCUGUUAAAUCAUAUGUGUUUAGCUUUGGAGUGCUGGUUCUGGAGAUAUGCAGUGGUCAUAAAAAUAGUAGCUUUCACAUUAAUGGGAAGCAGAGGAUCUUCUUAGCUAUAUAUGCAUGGAUAAACUGGAGGGAAGAGACGGCUUUAAACCUCCUAGAUUCAACUUUGAUGGCUACGGUUUCAAAAGCUGAAAUAUUGAGAUGCAUUCAUAUUGGCCACUCUCUCAAUCUCCCAAUUCCCUCAGCACCAGCAUUCUUCGCCCACAGCAGCAUGGACUUAAAGUACAAUUCAGGGUUGAAACAAUCGAGCAGAUCUAGAUCUGCUGAAAUAUCAGAAAAUGAGGCUUCAAUUACUGAGCUUUACGCUCGCUAG